AUGGGGUUCCCGGAGGCGGCGGCGGCGGCGGCGGCGGAGCUGUGGGCCAACUUCACCUACGGGCCGCCGCGGGGCGCCGGCAACGGCUCCCUGUCCGCAUCCUGGUACGACAACAACCGGAUUCAUCUCUUUGGUGUUUUGUUGGCAGUGGCAGGAAAUUUAGUCAUCAGUAUCUCGCUGAGUAUACAGAAAUAUUGUCACCUUCGACUGUUAAGUCAAGAAAACCAAAGACCUUACUACCAAAGUGUGAUGUGGUGGUGUGGAAGCCUGCUGAUGGCAGUUGGAGAGUUAGGAAACUUUAUUGCCUACGGAUUUGCACCUGUGACCCUUAUUGCACCAGUGGGCUGUGUGUCGGUCAUGGGUAGUACGGUUAUUUCUGCGUUGUUCCUGAGAGAAAAUUUGAGAUCUUCCGACUUCCUAGGUGUGACACUGACAAUUGCGGGGCUAUAUUUAUCGGUGACAUUUGCUCCAAAUAUAACUCAGGACAUCACAGCAAGAAAAAUACAGACUUCCUUCGUUAGCUGGCAGUUUCUGGUCUAUGUGAUUUUAGAAAUAAUAACAUUCUGCAUCCUCCUGUAUUUCUAUAAAAGAAAAGGUUUGAAGCACGUUGUCAUUUUGCUAAUGCUUGUGGCACUUCUAGGGUCGAUGACUGUCAUUUCUGUGAAAGCUGUCUCCGGCAUGAUCGCUUUCUCCGUGAUGAGGCAAAUCCAGCUCACUUAUCCCAUCUUCUAUGUCAUGCUUAUUAUAAUGGUUGCGUCUUGCGUUUUCCAGGUCAAGUUCUUGAACCACACGAUGCAGGUCUACAGUCCAACAACAAUCGUGCCUCUCAACUUGGUGUUCUUCACAACCAGUGCCAUUAUUGCAGGAAUCGUGUUUUAUGGGGAAUUCCGAGGCGCAGCUGUGCUUAAUGCGUUCGUAUUUCUCUUUGGGUGUUUUCUGUCAUUCUUUGGUGUGUUUUUCAUCACAAGAGAUCGGAAAAAAGAACAGUUAAAGGACUCUUACAUUGAUUUCGGACCUGAUCCCGGAAAACAAAUGCUGGACAAACUCCAACUAGAUUCAAAUGGUUUAUCCUAUGGAACACUGCCCAGUGAAGGUGACUCGGUCGUCAACAGCCACAGGCCAGAGAAGAAAGAGGAAGUUGAACAAGAGCACUCGCUUUAAAGCUUUGCACGUGUUCAAUGUGGUGUGAAUGGUUCUUUUAUGGUGACAUUUCUUAACAUAAUUAUGGUAUUUCCUCCUCCCUACCAAUCAAUUGUUUUUUUAGAUUCUUAUGCCUAACUCUCUCAUUAAACAUACACUGAAAUUUUUCUCCUGC